CACACGUGAACACAUGUUUCUUCUCUGUGUCCACUAUACCCCCACCUGUCCAUCGAAUUGCCGGCGUACGGCGCAGUACCCAUGGAUUCGGUAAACAACACGAACCGCAUUCUACCCUCGGUUCCUGUCCUAUGUGUGGCAGCAUACGCCUUCUACUUGGUCGGACGGGUCUUCUAUCGGCUGUACUUGCAUCCGCUGGCGAGAUUUCCCGGGCCUAGGACUGCGGCAGCCACAAGCUGGUACGAGGCGUACUUCGAGAUUGUGCUCACGGGACAGUACUCGAAGCAGAUAUCGAGGCUUCAUGAUCAGUAUGGCCCCAUUGUCCGUGUCACUCCCCAUGAGCUCCACAUCAGAGACCCGCGCUUCUUCGACGAGGUCUACGGAAAGAACCUCCAUCUCGACAAAGAAGGAUGGGACAAACGAUUCGGAUGCGCGGGAGGUGUGCUUACCACGGUGAAAGGAGAACACCACAAGCGGCGCCGUGCAGCGCUUUUGCCCAUGUUCUCCCGUCGUUCAAUCCUCGACUUCAUCCACAUCAUCUACCGCCACAUCGACACCCUCUCCCUGCGUAUGCAGGAAUUUGAAGCCCGAAAAGAACCACUCAACUUGUCUCUUGCUUUCCCUGCGCUGACAGGCGACAUUAUUAUGGACUAUUUCUUCGGGUUUAAUUAUGCACAGCUCAAGCAUCCGGAGUUUGAAAGCUUUCACGAUGCGUUUAUCAAGAUUGCAGGGACUGGACAUAUUGCAACACAGUUUCCUUCGUUCUAUCCACAUAGGCAGAUUAUGAAUAGCAUUCCUGACAAGAUCACCGUGUGGCUACAGCCAGCAGCAAAGCCAUUGCUCAAGUUCAAAAGGGACCAGUGGGAACUCAUAGGCCGCACCCUCCGCGGCGAAGAAGUCAAGCAUAACGACGCCAAGAAAGUCAUCUUCCAAGAAAUUCUAUCCUCCAAGCUCCCUCCAGAAGACAAGUCCCACCAGCGUCUAGCGGAUGAAGCACAGAUUGUGCUCGGCGGUGGCGUCGAGACAACUGCUUUCGCCCUGUCCAUAGCAACAUUUCACAUCAUCAACACCCCGAGAAUCUAUGAGAGACUGCACAAAGACCUCGUGGAAGCGUUCCCGAAUCGCGCGAGUCUGGAACUGUCUCCGCUGGAGCACAUGCCCUACCUCAAGGCCAUCAUCAUGGAAUCCGCACGCCUGUCCUACGGUCUAAGUGCGCGAAACCCACGGUCGCAUAAGACGAUGAUCCGGUAUAAAGACUGGGUGAUUCCCGCAAACACAUGCAUCUCCAUGACCAUCCCCGAAGUCUCGCACGACGAAUCCAUCUUCCCCAACUCGCGAGACUUCAUCCCAGAGCGCUGGCUCGACAAUCCGCACACGGCCGACGGCAUCCCCCUGGACCGCUUCAUGGUAUCGUUUGGCCGUGGAACGCGCUCUUGUCUCGGGAUUACGCUUGCGUGGACGGAACUGUACCUAACGCUCGGCAUGAUAUUCCGCCGCUUCAAGUUUGAACUCUACGAAGCGGACGUUACCGACGUUGAACUCGGACAUGAUUUCUUCAUUCCGGUCGCGAGGUUGGAUAGUAAGGGUGUGAGGGUGUUUGUCACUUCGACGAGCGACUAGUCGGGCCGAAGGGGGAACGUCGUGGUCAAGACGGGAAAAUAUAGUGCGGCAUGUGAAAGUCUGUAUAUGCUGCUGUUUAGAUC